GUAGUAUCGUACGUCAUACGACGAAAAAUGGCGUUAAGCAGUGCAAGUUUGGUUAUACUUCCAAGAUGUAUACGCUGGAAUUAUGGCAUUUUUGGAGUACAGUUUUGUAAUCAAUAUUCAACUGCAGCACACACUUUAAGAGUGAACCAGCAAAUCAAAGAAAAAAGGAAACGAGCCUUAUUAGGUGGUGGUCAGAGUAGAAUUGACGCUCAACAUAAAAAGGGUAAACUGACAGCUCGGGAAAGGGUGCAUCUGUUAUGUGACCCAGGAAGUUUUGUUGAAUAUGAUAUGUUGGUAGAACACACUUGCUCAGAUUUUGGAAUGGAAAAACAGAAGUAUCCUGGUGACUCAGUCAUCACAGGUCAUGGGCUUAUCAAUGGACGAAUAGCUUACAUGUUUAGCCAGGACUUCACUGUGUUUGGAGGAAGUCUUUCCAGCAUACAUGCCAAGAAAAUCUGCAAGAUUAUGGAUCAAGCCAUGCUUGUUGGAGCUCCUGUUAUUGGACUGAAUGAUUCUGGUGGUGCUCGCAUCCAAGAAGGCGUUGAAUCACUGGCUGGCUAUGCUGAUAUAUUUCUGAGAAAUGUUUUGUCUUCAGGAGUCAUUCCACAGAUUUCUCUCAUCAUGGGUCCCUGUGCUGGAGGUGCAGUAUAUUCUCCUGCAAUGACAGACUUUACAUUCAUGGUAGAAGAUACAUCUUACCUUUUCAUUACAGGACCUGAUGUGGUUAAGUCGGUAACAAAUGAGAAUGUGACCCAAGAAGAACUGGGAGGAGCAAAAACACAUACAACAACAUCAGGAGUAGCGCAUAAAGCUUUCCAUAAUGAUGUAGAUGCUCUCCUGCAGUUGAGAAACUUCCUUGGAUUCCUGCCUCUCUCAAACAAGGAUCCUGCACCAAUCAGAAUUUGUGAUGAUCCAUGGGACCGAGAUGUACCAACUUUGGAUACCAUAAUACCACAGGAAAGCACAGAAGCAUAUGACAUGUUGGAUGUCGUCAUAAAUGUCGUAGACGAGAGAGACUUUUUUGAAAUUAUGCCCAAUUAUGCUAAAAACAUUAUCAUAGGUUUUGGAAGGAUGAAUGGUAGAACUGUAGGCAUUGUUGGAAACCAACCAAAAAGUGCUGCAGGCUGUUUAGACAUCAAUUCGUCUGUUAAGGGAGCAAGGUUUGUGCGAUUUUGUGAUGCUUUCAACAUUCCAAUUAUCACAUUCGUGGAUGUACCAGGUUUUCUGCCUGGCACAGGCCAGGAGCACAAUGGCAUCAUACGUCAUGGAGCUAAAUUACUAUAUGCAUUUGCAGAGGCAACAGUUCCAAAGAUUACCGUCAUUACUCGAAAGGGAUAUGGCGGCGCAUAUGAUGUGAUGUCAUCGAAACAUUUACGAGGCGACGUUAAUUAUGCGUGGCCAACCGCUGAAGUGGCGGUAAUGGGUGCCAAGGGUGCGACGACCAUUUUAUUUAAAGGAAAACCUGAUGUCAGCAAGUAUGAGGCAGAGUAUGUUGAGAAAUUUGGAAAUCCAUUUCCAGCUACUGUAAGAGGUUUUGUGGAUGACAUCAUAGAACCAAGGACCACUCGCUGGAGGAUCUGCCAAGAUUUAGAUUUGCUAUCCACUAAGAACCUAACCAAUCCACGUAAGAAACAUGGCAAUAUUCCACUGUAGAAAGUAACCAUAUGACAUCAUUUUCAGUGCCUUUCAGUUUAAGAUUUUCUUGGGAGUUGCUGAACAGCACUAAGUUCGUGAGAUAGAAUUAACUAGGUGUUGAGAAAUGUGUUAACAUUCCAUUUUUAUUAGAAUUGAAUUUUAUAUAGCAUUUUGUACAGUGUUAUAAAAAUGUACAUGCUCAAAAAUACGUUGUCAUUUGGUGGUAUUUUAAUGCCCAGACAAAAUGGAAACAUUGCUGCUUCAAAAGCAAAAAAAAUGUUUUAUAGCAAUUUUAAUGUAUUUUUCGCGUACUGCCAACAAAAUAUUAAGUUUAUUCACUUGCUUUUUGCCAAGUGAUUAAGAGAUGUUAUUUUUUAACUGCUGUUUAUAAUCUGAAAGUGAGUUCAAAAUGGUUUCUCCUUCGCCAAGAAUGAUGCAUGUUUCACUUCAGGCAAUACUGUAUUACUGCAUUAGUGAGAUCUGUUGCUAUAGUAUUAUCUAAUGAUGAAUCUAUAAUAGUGCUCAUAGGAAACUAUUUUUGUAGAUCAUUUUAAUUGUUGUUAUGAUAUUAAUGCACCCCAUUUACACAAAUAUGAGACACUUUACCAGUAGCAAAUAUAUAAAGAAAAUAAUUACUUAUUUCAAUACAAUUUUUAGACCUAAUUCUUCUUCAGCCUUUUUAUAACAGACAAUUUUAGGUUUUUCCCUGGUAAAACUUGUUCUUAAGUUA